GCUGCAGCACUCACAACUAACACACCGACACUUACAUUCACAUCUUGGGCUACUUUUGUGGAUUAUUGUUUUGAUGACAAUGUUUCUAACUUUCUGCAUAUUCAUAACCAUGAUCUCUACUACUGUAAUCUGGGUCGAAGCUGGUAAAACAGAGCCGCAAACUCUUCGCAGACAGAAAAGAGGUUGGAUCAUCCCUCCAAAACGGCUGCUUGAGAACGUGGAUUAUACCCAAGAAGAAUAUAUUGCCAAAAUCCGAUCAGAUGCAGAAACCAGGAAUAUUACGUAUUCACUAAUAGGCCCUGGAGCAGAUGAAAAAUUAUUCAGCGUAAACAAAAAGAACGGCUACGUCAGGAUCCACGGCAUCUUGGACAGAGAGAAAGAAGCCGAAUAUGAACUUAAAGGGAGAGCUGUACUACCAAAUGGAAUACUUGCUGAAAAGGACCUAGAUUUAAAAAUCAUAGUAGUUGACCAGAAUGACAAUGACCCUGUGUUUAAUCUUAAUAUGAAGGGAUCCGUGGAGGAGCUCAGUGACAAAGGCACCCUGAUAUUUAUAGCUACGGCUACGGAUCUGGACCAGGAUGGCACUUUAUAUUCAAAAAUUGCCUACAAAAUUAUACAUCAGGAUCCGGAAGGAGAGGCGAUGUUCGAGAUCAGCCGUGCGUCUGGUGAAAUCAAAGUCAAGAUGAACACUCUGGACCGAGAGAAACAAGAAACGUACAAACUGAUAAUCACGGCUACAGAUAUGGACGGAAGUGACCAUGAUCCCAACAACAAACCAAGUACAGGAACAGGAACUGUGACCAUCAGCAUACUUGAUGUCAAUGAUAAUAUCCCUACAUUGGAGAAUGAAUUUUACGAAGGCAAGGUGGAGGAGAAUCUCAAGAAUAAGGAAGUGAUCCGGAUUAAAACCAUAGACAAGGACCAGAAGUACACUAAGAACUGGGAAGCCGUGUACACCAUCAUUUCAGGAAAUGAGGCCGGUUACUUCAACAUCAUCACAGACUUCGAAUCUAAUGAUGGCAUCCUGAUGGUCACUAAGGAGCUGAACUUUGAGGAGAUAAAGGAGAUCAGUCUGAAAGUGGUGGUCAACAACAAGGCACCUUAUCAUAAGUCAGUGGUGAAUGACAAGAUUUUAGAAUACCCCAUAAAAAUAAAAGUCCUGAACGUGCUUGAAGCCCCUCAUUUCAGCCCUCAAAUGUUAGUUGUCAGUGUCACUGAAAACACAGAACUCACUGAUCUGACGAAGGUCAUCGCCACCUUCAAAGCCAAAGACACUGAUACGUUGUUGACGGCCACUAACGUCAGGUAUUUCAAACAAGAAGAUGUUUACCAGUGGGUGAGCAUUGAUGAGCAUACAGGCGACAUCAAACUCAACAAUUAUCUAGACUAUGAGUCGAAGGAAUUGAAAAAUGGAAGAUACUAUGUCAAAAUUAUAGCAGUCACUAAAGAAUUUCCAUUCAAAACUGCGACAGGAACUCUUGUGAUUCAGGUGGAGAAUAUCAACGACAACUCUCCGAUUCUGGCCAACUCGUUCGUUACUAUAUGUUACGGCAGCAAAGAAGUGUACGUCACCGCCAAAGAUGGGGAUCGUUCCCCCUACGCAGAACCUUUUAAUUUCACACUGGUUACCAAGGACACAGAGAAAUGGAGCUUAGGUUAUCACAAUGCAACAACACAUAUUUUGCGCAGCAAGGAGGAAAACCUGUGGCCGGAAAUAUACACAGUAAAUCUGGUGGUCAAAGACAAUGGAGGAAAGUCCUCUGAAAUUCAAAAGCUUCAGUUAACCGUGUGUACAUGCAAGGACCCAAACAAUCCAACAUGCCAAUCUGCGAGACAGAGCCGCAAUGCUACUGUACUGGGAGCAGACGGUGCUCUGACACUUCUGAUAGGAAUCCUGCUUCUCGCGGCGAUUCCACUGAUUUUGCUGAUGUGUGAGUGUGGAACUAAAUCUGAUCCCCGUGAAUUCCCCUUCUAUGCAGAACAGAAGCUCAUCGUAUAUAACACUGAAGGCCAAGGAGAGGAUAAGGAACUAUGUCUUGUUGCCAUGCCCAAGAAUGGCAGCAGCGUGAAACUGGAAGCUGAAUCAGGAUUUACGAACGCAUAUCAAACAGAACUAGCACUGAUGCAUCAGAUGCACGUGACUGGAGAAGGUGGCAGUGGCAGCAGAUGGGGAGCUGGAUUGGGAGCUGGAUGGGGAGCUGGAUGGCGAGCACAUGAACACUGGAGGAAAUUUGGAUGGGAAUCUGAAGAGGAAUACAUAAAGUGGCUUCGUAAACAUGCUGAAUAUUUUAACGCAACUGGAAACAGAAGACAGUCUGAAUUUUUUACAGCGAGCACCCUGGAUUCCAUGGCGCUAUCCGAGGACUUCUUAAACGCGUACUAUGCAAUGAAAUCGUGGGAAAUUACAGACCAGGAAGCCGAUACGAACCAGCUGCUGGUGUAUGACGACGAAGACCUCAGCUCAGUCGCAAGCUACUUUGAUGAAGACAACUACAUGACUGAAGACAAAGAAUUAGAUUUCCUCGAUGACCUCGGACCUAAGUUCAAAAGGCUCGGUGAGAUAUGCGGUGGCUGGUCCAUGGAACUCGAGGUCAGCUCCUCUCCCACGCCUGACAUAAACAUCUCCUCCAGUUCACAAGUGGGCGUCAAUGUGAAAGGUGCUGUUGAUGUUGUUCACAAUGAAGCGACCUCUGUCUCUGCAUCCAGCUUCUCCUCCACCACCCAAAUCACCACUACAAAUUAUGCAGAGAAUGUUAGCAGUGGAGGCGCUACAUCAGCAGCAACUGUGGGCCAAACUGUGUUCAUCCAGCAGCCACCUGUCUACCUUUCCUCUACACCUAUGUACGUAGUGGAGCAACAGCGUCAGCCUGCUCUUUUUCUAGCUUCUGGUCAAAUCCUGAACACUCAGGAUUUGACCAGAAGCUAGAAGCGGCUGCAGCAAGCAAACACCAGAGU